UCAAACAUGGAGGAUGUAGAAAUUGUUGUUCCAAAUGAUAAAGUUCACAACUUUAUAGUAAGCUCAUUGGAAGUUGUUGGAUUAACUGAAGCACGUGGAUCGUUGGUUGCAGAUAUACUAGUAUCCGCAGAUUACAGAGGAAUAUAUAGUCAUGGAGUCAUAUUACUUGAUAAAUAUAUGGACGAAAUCAGAUCAGGGGCCGUAUCAGUAGAAGACAAAGAACCAACAAUUAUAAAAGAAUCAAUAGGAACGGCACUGGUAGACGGAAAUAGCUUAAUUGGUGCGUAUGUUGCCCUGUACUGUAUAGAUAUUGCUAUCAAAAAAGCAAAAGAAGCUGGAAUUGGAUUUGUCUCGUGCAGAGGCGCAAAUCACUUUGGAAUGGCAGGGUGGUACAGUAUGUAUGCGAUGGAACAAGGAUUUGUGGGACUCUCUUUAUGUAAUACAAAUCCUCGAAUGGUUCCCACUAGAGGGACAAAGGUAAGUACAAAUAAACAAGACAAUACACGACUGGUUCCGAUAAGAGGAAUAAUGGUAAGUAUAAACAGACAAGACAAUACUGGCUCAAGUAGAGAUGUAUGGUACUAUAGUUCCGGCUUUUAUAAUACAUUCAUACACUUGUGUAGACUUGGGCAAUACAGAUAUUUAUAA